GCCAUGUAGAUGUUGUAAAGGGUAAAGGCCAUGUAGGUGUUGUAAAGGGUAAAGGCCAUGUGAAUGUUGUAAAUGGUAAAGGCCAUGUGGAUGUUGUAAAGGGUAAAGGCCAUGUGGAUGUUGUAAAGGGUAAAGGCCAUGUGGAUGUUGUAAAGGGUAAAGGCCAUGUGGAUGUUGUAAAGGGUAAAGACCAUGUGGAUGUUGUAAAGGGUAAAGGCCAUGUGGAUGUUGUAAAGGGUAAAGGCCAUGUGGAUGUUGUAAAGGCUAAAGGUCAUGUGGAUGUUGUAAAGGGUAAAGGCCAUGUAGAUGUUGUAAAGGGUAAAGGCCAUGUGGAUGUUGUAAAGGGUAAAGGCCAUGUGAAUGUUGUAAAGGAUAAAGGCCAUGUGAAUGUUGUAAAGGGUAAAGGCCAUGUGAAUGUUGUAAAGGGUAAAGGCCAUGUGAAUGUUGUAAAGGGUAAAGGCCAUGUGAAUGUUAUGGGUGGACAGAUGGGUGGACAGAUGAGGGGACAGAUGGGGGGACAGAUGAUGGGACAGAUAAUGGGACAGAUGAGUGGACAGAUGGGUGGACAGAUGGGUGGACAGAUGGGUGGACAGAUGGGUGGACAGAUGAGUGGACAGAUGAGUGGACAGAUGAGUGGACAGAUGAGUGGACAAAUGAGUGGACAAAUGAGUGGACAAAUGAGUGGACAGAUGAGUGGACAGAUGAGUGGACAGAUCAUAGAAUAG